GCGCUGGCUGCAGACCGACUACGCUCAUUUUUAGAAUUGCUGUACUACUGCUAGCACUCGGCCUCGUAUGUGAUCUAGAAGUGAAAGACGCUCAUGAAAAAUACUGGUACCAUUAAGCUACUGAAGUAGACCUAGGCAGUGUUAAAUAAUUUGUAAGCUCCUGCGGACUGUGGAGCACAGUCGCAUGUGGAGAGCCAAGCACUUUGCGCCGAGUGACUGUCAAACACUGCAAGAUACUGUGUUCAAACAAGGAGUUUAUAGUCGGCGAAACCCCAAUGACAGUUUAGUAAGUAAUGAGACCAAUAGGCGGUAUGGAGCGAGUGAUCACAAAAUGGAAAUCCCAGGAUCAACCACUACAUGUGAUCCCGAUAAUCUCAUUGCCUCAGGCACAUUAUCCAGAAUGGGGUUCCAUCGAAAUGUGCCCGUGAACAGGGCACGGAGUACUGCACCAUUCGUCUUCAGUUGCCACCUGACCUCUCAGGGCCAUGACACGAAACCUCGGCACGGUGAACAAGAGCGGCAGUAGCUCUAAGUGCAAGACCCAGGUUCGGGAGCACCUGAUUAAUUGCAGUGGCAAUGAGGAUUUGAGUAAUCUUCAGACAUCGUUGCGCAGGUUUUCCUUCACGGUCACGGCAAAUCGCAGCGAGCACAGCCAGCCUUGCGCCCCUGCCAAUGUCACGUCUGCGUUACUCUGUAGUGAAACAGGAAGUGAAAUCAGGAAACACAAAUACGACUUCCGUUGCCGACGAGAGCGUGUGUGUAAAUCCUGGACGAGUGGUUACGGCUAUGGUACAUUAGUAGAGGGUAAAGAAACAGAGUUCCACCAGGAUAGAGUCGUGUUAUUGCCUGACAAACAGCUUCCCGCUCAUCAGAAAGUGCAGCCUCAAUUGUUUCCGUCUGCCUUGCGCAGUACGAUACGCCGCGCCACAUCUCUUGUCAUCGCCACGCCCUGGAAACACCAGUCUCAAACAGCUGAUGCUGUCCCCACCUCUACUAAAACGAGUCAUCGUCGUAGUCCGAUCGAUCUGCUGCUAAUGCCGAGCCUCAAGUCCCUGGUGAGCCGGCGCUCCUCUUCAACCCGUGCUACGGCUACAGCAUCAUCGGCAGGGGUCAGUGGGUGUAAGGACAGGACUCUGCUUGUUCCCGAAAUGGGCGGUAGCUCCAGUAGUUCCAUCCUGACUGCGGGCAGCGGGGGAUCGGGCGGGAAGUCAGCAGCGGACAUCGUGUCUGCAGCAACGGGAGCUAAUGCCUCAGUGAUGGUGCCAUUGAUGAAACGAGAAUCGAGUAGCAGCAGCAGUCUUGCGCCUUCUAUAAGAAUAAACGGGAAUGAUUUCCGCGGAAGUGGGAUAAUCAGUGGUGUUCCGAGCGGAGAGGAAGGUGCUAGUGGUGGUGGAAACAUGAGGAAGUGUGAGACAGUGUUGGCAUUGUCAAGUUUCGGUGCUGGCAUGCUCAGGUCAGCGUCCUCCUCACGGACUACGAUUCACGUAGAACCGUUAAGACCGGUAAACAGAUUGCGUGUUCCGCCACAUUAUUCAAGUUUAGGUCUUUUCCCGGAUGCUGGUGGAGGCUGCAUGAGCAGGAUGUGUUCGCGGUGCAGCAGUCUGCUGUCGAUGGCCUCUUCGUCUAGGUAUUCUCUCAACACGGCUGGGGGCGGAUUCGUCCCCUGCAGCCCUGGUGGUAGGCAAUCGGAACAAUUCAUACUCUGCAAGUUGUGCCUAGGCGAAGUUCCCUUCAGCAAGACUGCCGAAAUUCUCCUGUGUGGGUGCGCCUUCUGUAAAGACUGCAUGAAGUCCUAUGUUGAGUUUGAAAUCCAAGAAGGAGCAUAUGACAUAUCCUGCCCUGAUGCCCAGUGUGAAAAACAAGGAGUGAUCUCAUUAUCGGAAAUCGAAAUUCUAGUCACCAAGGAGUUACUUGAGAAGCAUAACAAAUUCCGUCUAAAUAGAGAAGUGGACAUUGAUGUGAACAGGACAUGGUGCCCGCGCGCAGGAUGCGAAACUGUAUGCAAUGUUUGUGGACCUGUAGAGCGCUGUCUUCCCCGAAGUGUCCACUGCCCAACCUGUUCAUCAGACUUUUGUUCCAAUUGCAAGAACCCUUGGCACUUGGGAUUUUCUUGCGAGGAGAACACAAGACGCCUGGCCAAGGAGGGACACACAGAUCUCAUGGAAUCGGGCAUUCCUUUUGAUUCUGAUCUCAUCAAGUGUUGUCCCAUGUGCAAUGUUCCUAUAGAGAAGGAUGACGGUUGUGCUCAAAUGAUGUGCAAGCGUUGCAAGCAUGUCUUCUGCUGGUACUGCUUGGCAUCGUUAGAUGAUGACUUCCUGCUUAGACAUUAUGACAAAGGUCCAUGUAAGAACAAACUUGGUCAUUCUCGAGCAUCAGUCAUCUGGCAUCGGACGCAAGUGAUCGGGAUCUUUGCUGGCUUUGGAAUCCUGUUGCUGGUGGCAUCGCCGCUACUUCUGCUAGCAGCACCAUGUAUUGUUUGCUGCAAGUGCCGCGUCUGUAGCGGAAGUAGCAAGCUGGAUACAGAGGAUGAAAUGCAAGAAGAAUCAGCAUCUUGAAGUGAAAUUUGUUGUUAACUUUACAGUUUUAACAUUAUUGAGCCUUUUUCAAUUUAUUAAAUAUUCCUUCUGUGACAGUUUGACGAACUAUUACACUUAAUGUAGACUUAUAUAUUUGUAAUAUUAUAUGAAUAUAAAUACAAAGAGAAACAAAAUGGCACAUGUAAAAUUCAAUGACUUUGUGGCCAAAUAGGGUGAUUGCAGUGAUUGUAUUUGAAACAAAGAAGACUAAGUCAAAUUAGGUGUCUUUUAUUUAAGAAAGAAUAGAAGACAAUACAAAAAGUGUUCUAUUAAUAUUCAUAGUUAAGAAUCUAUAAUGUGCACUGAAAGUAUGGAUUUAUUAUGGAGUGGUUAUCCAUGCCAUGUUUGUGUUAGUAAAGAAGACCUGAGAAUAAUAUUUAAAUUCAGUUGAUUACAGUAUUUAACAAGAAGAGAUCUGACUGUGAAGUUAAAUGAUUUGGAUAUUGUCAAAUUAUCCUGUAUACAUUUAUUAGUUACUUGAGUUUCAUUAUUGCAACGAUAAAGCAAUGCAAAUAAUGAGUCAAUUUAUGUUUGCUGUAUUUGGAGGGAAUAUCUUGUGUUCAGUUAAUUUAACGUUCAGAGUAGCUUGUGAACAACCGCUGAUGAGUAGAACUGAAAGACUGUUGAUCCAGUUUAACUACAAAAGGAAGAAGCAUAAUGCUUGUGCAAGUAGUGUUCAGCAUCGUGUUACUGUAUGAGAUUAGAGAUUAUUUCAGCAGUGAAGAUGCCAGAUGCAGUCUUUUGAGUUGUGAUGAUCUGUAGUCUUGUAGAUGGUUCAGUGAGGUACUAAAAUUUCCAACAGGGGUAAGAGAAA